CGAGUUAUAUAUGACUAUUUUAGUAGUUCAGAUGAAACCCAAAUUAUUGCUGGUUUACAAUUAUUUGGAAUCGCAUUAACACAUGACAAGUCCCUGUUUCAGCAAGAAGCUGGGAUUGACUUUGGCUCUUUGACGGAAGAUAAAUUUUAUUGGGAUCUCACUAGAAAGCUAGAUCAUGAAAAAACCAAUAUACGUUCCCUUGCUGCUGAAGUGUGCGGUAUGGCAUUGAAAAAUUUGCGAAAAUAUCACUGUUCUAAUGAUAAGCUUGGAUAUUUGCUUAAUCCUAUCAUGGAAAAGGUCACCACUUUAUACAAAAAAAUUACAAAUCGACCAACAGAUCUUAAUACAUUUCUUACUUGCAUACAUCAUAUUUCAAUGCAUGAUCGACCUACAUCAGAGAAAUUUUUAAAACAUGCUUUCAAUCUUUUACCACGGCUAAAUAGUCUCAAUGUUAAGAAAAUUCUUGCUUUGGAAGUCAUUUCAUAUUGCGCUGAUAGUGAUCCAGAUUUACUUACAAAUUUGGGAAAAAAUCAGCUUCUUGCUUUACUUAGACAUAGGAGUAUUAAUGAACAAUUAGUAGCAUUACGAAUUUUAAAUGGUGUACUACUCCAGGGAGAUGAAACUUUAAUAGAUUAUUUCUUGGACCCAUUAAUUGAAAGUUUCAAGGAUCAUCCUAAUAUAGAUUGUCGAGAAUCAUAUUAUGCCAUCUUGAUUCAGUUAUACAAGAAAACAUCCGAAGAAAAUAAAGUUAAGCAAAAGUUGAAAAUUGGUUUGCUAAAAGGAUUAGCAGAUUUAGAUGAAAAUAUACAAAAAACAUUGACGGAAUUUUGGAAAGAGCAACAAGAACUUUCUCGUGAUACGUUUACUUUACUAAAAGAACUUGUUGGAAAUUUGUAUUGCUCUGAGAUUGAAACACUCUUUUUACAGUAUUCAUGCUUUUUAUUGCUCGAAGGGUCAAAGAAGAGCAUCGAUUAUAAAAAACCUAUAUUUGAUCAACCUUUGCCUCAAUCCAAAUUUGAUGAUAGUUAUGACAAUAUCGAUACUUCAUGGCGAGUGAGUAAUACUAUGACACCUCUUUUCGUUAACACACAAAAAAGUAUUCCAAAGCCUUAUUAUAAACGAAACAAUCAAGAGGGGUUCGUUCGAGCAACAAAUAAUAAUUAUGCAUUCAGUUUGACAGUUGAUCCAAUGAAUUAUGAUAUUGGAUCUCAAUUAGCAACCUGGACAUUUACGCAAUCAAGUUUGUUGUUUCCUACCGGAAAUGUUCCUAUAUUGGGCAAAAGAAAACAAGGUGUUCAAGGAGAUACAGACAAAACUUCAAAUUUGGUUCAAAGUUCUCAAUAUCAGAACCUACGAAGACGAUUUUUACCUACAUACUCUGGAACUCAACAAGAAUAUUAUAAAAAUUUAGCAUAUACAAAGAAAAAGAGAAACGAAAUAUAUGGUUCAAUGAGAUCAGAUAAUGUUUCGAAACAAGUUUCAAUGUUGCGUCAAUAUCGAGUUGGUUC